CCGUUGGGGCGGGGCCAGUAACACAGCGUUAUAUUUUAGGUGGCUGCUAGGUAGCAUCCAUACUAGAGCUAAAAGCGGAGGAGUCCGAUCGGAUAGAAAGAGACCUACAGGGGAGCAGACAGGAGGUUUAAACCUGUCAUCGUUAACAGCACUACCACCACCCUCAAACAACCAACAAUUCUAUCAAUUUGUUUAAUCCUGAGACGUUUCUAGUGACAACGGACCAACACGGAGCCAAACGAGGAAGACGGAAAACGGCCCUCACUAACUUCUGCAAUCAUGAUGUCAAUGAACAGCAAACAACCUUUCAGUAUGCAUCCCAUACUGCACGAGCCGAAAUACACGCCUCUGCAAUCGAGCUCGGAGGCCAUCCGGAGGGCAUGCAUGCCCACGCACUCGCUGCAGGGCAACAUCUUUGCCGGAUUUGAUGAGACUUUACUGCAGAGGGCUGAAGCGCUGGCGGCGGUGGAUAUCGCAAAGAGCCAUCCUUACAAGCCAGACGCGACCUACCACACCAUGACCACCAUGACCAGCAUGACCUGUACCCCCACCUCGUCCUCGGCCCACCUCCAUCACCCAUCCGUGCUCACCUCGCACCACCAUCACCACCCCCAUCACCAGGGCUCUCAGGGCCUGGAUGGCGACCUUCUGGACCACCUGACCCCCGGCAUGUCCAUCUCCCUGGGAGGAAUGCCCGGCUCUGACGUCUGCUCCACGGCCUCCCAUCCGCAUGCCCACAUGUCCGCCAUCAACCACAUGCAGCACCACCAUCAUCACCAACAGGCCAUGAACAUGCACCCCCACAGCAUGGGUUCGCACACCUCGCUGGGCGGCGGCGGGGACUCAGAGCCAGACCCCAGGGAACUGGAGUCCUUCGCAGAGCGGUUCAAGCAGAGGCGGAUCAAGCUGGGGGUGACGCAGGCGGAUGUGGGCUCCGCCCUGGCGAACCUUAAAAUCCCCGGGGUUGGUUGCCUCAGUCAGAGCACGAUUUGCCGGUUCGAGUCCCUCACCUUGUCUCAUAAUAACAUGGUGGCCCUAAAACCCAUCCUGGAAGCGUGGCUGGAGGAGGCAGAAAGGGCGCAGCGGGAGAAAAUGACCAAGCCGGAGAUUUUCAACGGAGGAGACAAGAAGAGAAAACGUACCUCCAUCGCUGCUCCGGAGAAGCGCUCUUUAGAGGCAUAUUUCGCCGUGCAGCCGAGGCCCUCGUCAGAGAAGAUUGCAGCGAUAGCCGAGAAACUGGACCUGAAAAAGAACGUGGUCAGGGUGUGGUUUUGCAAUCAAAGGCAAAAGCAGAAAAGGAUGAAGUUCUCUGCCACACACUAGGCCAAAGGCAGAGCAAAACUUUAAUCGAAUAGACAAAUCAGAAACAAAUAGGCACACGGCUAAUGUGGCCAAUCGAGGCUGGCAGACAAGAUGCGAUUCGCUCCUUUGAAUUGGAUAAAGACUUGAAAACCAAUAUCCCCCGGGGCAAAACGUAGGCUAUAACUUUUGACAUUUAAAACUCAACAUAUCGACGAAUACAAUAACAGUGAAAUAGGAGAUCGAAGUCAUCAUACUCUUGAGGCGGAAAAGAGAAAACCCACCCCUAAACUCAUGGCAAUUAUUGUACAAAAAAAUUGAAAUCGAAUAAUACUUGUUAUUAUUCUCUUCAGUCAGAAUAACUGUUUUAUAUUUAUCAUUGUACAUUGUUGUGAAUACAUUGCACCUGUUUGUGUGAAGAGCGCAUCUAGUUCGUUAUUUAAAAAAAUGAUAAUAAUCAAAUUGUUGUUUGCAGAAAUGCUUAGGGCUUAAUGUUAUCAUCAUUAUGUGUCUCAGAGAUGGUUGCCUCUCCGUAACACGGGGGUAUUACUGUAAUCCAUUGCAUGGUUUACUCGUAGGGCGUUAUGUGUGAAUUUAUAGUUCUAAAAACCCAUCUGAAUGCAUUGCAAUAAGAGAGCAUACACACGGGCAAACGCACGUACACGCGGACAUACACAGUAUACUUCUCUGUGUCUACCUCAUUACGCUAGUGUUGGCACAUUCAUGGUCAUUUUGGACUGUAUGAGUAUAAAACACACAAAAAUAAUCGUUCAUUCGUUUUUUCGUUUUUAUCCACGAAGUUAAGGUUGAAUUAGAUGACUCACAGAUAUGUCGGCUAAACAUGGUGUAUGUCUGUACUAAUUUCACUGCAAUGAUGCUUUGACAAUCAAAUUAUUUAGAAUAAUUACGUUGUAAAACUGCCCUUUUAUGUCCUCACAUGGAAACGAAAAUAUUUGUGUUAUUAUUAUUAUUAUUGGGCCAUGGAUGGAAAUAAUGGUUACCUUGCAUUCCCAGAGUUCAAUGCACUUUGUAGAUAUUUUAAACAUGAGGAAUUGUUCACUUAUUUAUAUUUUCAUAAUUUUACUUAGUUAGGUUUCUUUUUAUUAACCUAUUUAUUUAUUUGAACUUAAUUUAUUUACAAUACAACGUAUAUUUGUGAAUAUGUGCUUUAAUGUGUCUGUGUAAGCGACAGAAACUAAAAUAAACCAUGCACGUUUUACCUCA